CUUUCUCUUUUAGUAAUAACUUGACUUUCAAUCUCUUCAUUUCCUUAUGAAUUUGCAGAUUUCAAAACCAAUGGCUAUGGCUGUUUUUCUCUUUCUUCUUUAUGUUUGUGUAGGAAUUGUGUCUGCAUUGCCUCAUCCAGACAAGAUCAUUAAAUUGCCUGGACAACCUCAAGUGGGGUUUCAACAAUUUUCAGGAUAUGUUACUGUUGAUGAUAAGAAGCAAAGAUCUCUUUUUUACUAUUUUGUUGAAGCUGAAACAGAUCCAGCUUCAAAGCCUUUAGUUUUGUGGUUGAAUGGAGGACCUGGAUGUUCUUCACUUGGGGUUGGUGCAUUUUCUGAAAAUGGACCAUUUAGACCAAGAGGAGAAGGUCUUGUUAAAAAUGAACACAGUUGGAACAAAGAGGCAAACAUGUUGUAUUUGGAAAGCCCAAUUGGAGUUGGCUUCUCUUAUUCAUCUGAUACUUCUUCCUAUGAGACAGUAAAUGAUGAAGUAACAGCCAGGGACAAUGUUGUUUUCUUACUACGCUGGUUCCAUAAAUUUCCACAGUACAGUAAAAGCAAUUUGUUUCUAACUGGUGAAAGUUAUGCAGGACAUUAUGUACCUCAACUAGCUAAGCUCAUGAUGGCAUUUAACAAGAAGCAACAGCUGUUCAAUCUAAAAGGAAUUGCACUAGGUAAUCCGGUUCUGGAAUUUGCUACUGAUUUUAAUUCGAGGGCAGAGUACUUCUGGUCUCAUGGUCUAAUAUCAGAUCCUACAUACAGAAUGUUUAGUUCUGCUUGUAAUUAUUCUCGAUAUGUUAGCGAGUACUACAGAGACACUGUAUCGCCAAUCUGUUCGAGAGUCAUGAGUUUAGUGAGUAGAGAAACCAGUAAGUUUGUGGACAAGUAUGAUGUUACCCUUGAUGUUUGUAUUUCCUCUGUGCUCUCCCAAUCCAAGAUUAUAAGUCCUCAAGAAAAUGCCGAGAAGUUAGAUGUAUGUGUGGAAGAUGAAGUUGUCAAUUACUUGAACCGAAAAGAUGUGAGAAGGGCUCUUCAUGCUGAGCUUGUUGGAGUACGCAGAUGGUCUGUUUGCAGCAGCAUUUUGGACUAUCAACUGCUUGACAUAGAGAUACCAACCAUCUCCAUAAUAGGAACGCUUAUCAAAGAAAGAAUUCCAGUCUUAAUAUACAGUGGGGAUCAAGAUUCUGUUGUUCCACUGAUUGGAAGCCGAGCAACUGUUCAACAACUAGCAAGGCAGAUGCAGCUGAACACAACUGUCCCCUAUAGAGUUUGGUUUGCAGGACAACAGGUUGGUGGAUGGACACAUGUUUAUGAUAAUAUCCUCUCAUUUGCGACGAUUAGAGGUGCUUCUCAUGAGGCUCCUUUCUCACAGCCAGAGAGAUCACUUGUGUUGUUCAAGUCAUUUCUUGAAGGCAAGCCACUCCCUGAAGUUUUCUGAUCAGACAGCAUAAUGUAAAUAGCUCUGUCACCAUUAAAUGUCAAAGGAUCUUUCUUUCUUUUGUUUCUGGCUUUUUGUUCUUCAUUUUUUGUUUAUUCCAAAGAUGAAAUCCAAGAAGAAGAUUAGAAGUAUCAAGUGUUAGUUAAGAGCCUAAUUUGUGUUUAGAUAGCUGUUUACAUGAACUUGAUCAACAAAUUCAAUAACUAUUUGUUCACUACUUUACAUU